AUGUGGAAGUCCAAGACUGGGUACGUCCAUCACCGCGACGUCGACAGCCGUGGAAGACGACAGCUAGUUGCUCCCUUUGCCGCGUUUUUGGCGGCUGUCGCCACGCAGCACCUCACGUCGCGGCAAGCCGAGAUAUACUCUGAAGUCCUCUGCUGGAUGCUGCUGCCCAUCUCGCUGAAAUAUGUGCGCAGUCGUCUUCACGAGAGUAGCCUACCUCUGUAUGGCAGCGGGAAAGCCAAGUCCAGUGGCGAUGCGUCUGCCUCGGCUUCUUUGUCUGGCACUUCCUCGGGGUCCAGCUGGCUGUUUGCACUUGGAAUUGCUACUGCUUGUUUUUUUACUGCUGAGAAUGCAGUCAUUGGCUUCCUGCCAUUGCUGAUACCUAUAGUACUCAUGAUCGAAUCUACUCUCCGGACAGAUGUCCAUUUGCUCAAAGAAAAAUCCUUAUAUCGAAAAGUAUCGCUGGAGAAGAAUACAAUAACCGCCUUCGCCAUCGCAUUAUUUGGCGUAUACAGCUUGUCCGGAUGGAGCAUCCUAGGCUUCACCAUGUCCACCGCCCAGUUACUGGGCUACGUCGCUGUCUAUACCACUUUGCUAGUUAAGCCAUCAACUAACCCUAAUCAAGUUCCCUAUGUCGAUCUAAACGCAUCAAUACACCGGCUUGCGCCGCGUGUCAUUUCCCUGCUGCUACUGUCGUUGGCUAUACAGCUGCUCUUCCUGGGCUUCGUCCCGUUCCAAAUCUCGCUCAUGCUUUCAACUGCCAUGACCAAAUGCUUGACGUGGACCUUUGUUAUACAGACGGCCCAAGUUGCAUCAUGGACAGCUGCGCCCAUAAUUAAAAUCUUCAGCGUCUUUGCUACUCGUAGCCCAUACACCGCAUCUUUCGAAAGCGAGACCAUCUGCCAUCUGGUCGGCGCUGGCCUUGCUCUGGGGCAAUUCAUCUCUCUGUGUCCCAGGCCGGCCGCAACUAAACAGCUGCUCUGGAUGCUGAUGCUGAUCCCAGUCAUUCCUUACAUGAGCGACACGCUCGCUAUCCACAAGUCACACUCGCGUGUGAUGGCAGUAGCCAGCUCUGAGCAGCAGCACCCCAUCGAGAAAAUCAUCGACAGUGCAAAGGGCCAUUUUCACGAGUUACUGGCCAAGCAGUCCCGCACAUACCAUGCAGCAUCCGAAGAAUACCGCAGCCGCUACAAUAUGGACCCUCCACCAGGCUAUAAAGAGUGGUUUGAGUCGGCCGUGUCGCAAAAAUCCGUCAUCAUUGACGAAUUUGACACCAUGUAUCAAUCCUUGGCGCCACUGUGGGCAGUGAGUGGCCAGCAGAUUCGUCAAGCGAUACAAGCCGUUCAGUCAUCCGGCGAUGACGUGUGGACAUGUACAUUUCACAGCGAGUCUGGUAAGACGAGCUGUACCCAUCCGGUCCGCAUUAUCGACCGACACAUACGUGAUCUCUUCAACAAUAUUACGCUGCCGGAUCUGGGAGGAGCUAUUCCUGAUGUCCGAUUUCUUGUUAAUCACAUCGACGAGCCGCGUGUUGUUUUCCCGGGAGACAAGUCCGGCAACACUGGCAUUCAAGCAACACUGCUGUCGCAUCGUUCCACAUGGUCCAAGAUGGUGCAGCACUGCCGCCACAAGGAGUCUGAACAGCCUAAGCCAAAGUACGAGACAUAUGGCAUGCCUUUUGUGCAAGACAUGACCAGCAGCCUCUCCAUUUGCCAACAUCCCGAAUACCAGCAUAUGUACGGCAUGUUUAUCAGCCCAGCAUCCAUGCGUCUGCUGGAGGGUAUGGUUCCUAUUUUAUCCACCGGAACCCCAUCCACUAUGGGCGAUAUUCUGUUUCCCAGUCCGGCAUACAUUGAGAGGGAGUUUGUCUACGAAGCUAAAGGCGACGUGACGUGGCGUGACAAAGUUAACAAUUUAUACUGGGCCGGCUCAACAUCAGGUGCCUACGCAACCGACUCGAAAUGGAACGAGUUUCACAGACAACGCUUUGUGAGUUUUGUCCAGAACUUGGAAGGGCAAAAGUACUCGUAUCUCGCCAAGAAGGGCGACCAUAUCAAACGAAUCUCCUCCUCAUUUAUUAAUAGCCGCCUUUACGAUGUAGCAUUCACCCGUGUCUUUCAGAGUGAUCGGCUACCCAGGCGGACACAGGCAUUCUUCUAUCGCCUGAAAUCAUGGGCACAAAAGGAUGCGGCGCUGCGUUCCCGCCUAGUCUUUGACAUUGAUGGCAACGGCAUCAGCGGGCGCUGGUAUAAAUUGCUAGCGUCCAACUCGACACCCCUCAAACAGACUCUGCUGCGCGAGUGGCAUGAUGAUCGCUUGGUGCCGUGGGUACACUAUAUCCCCGUCAGCCAAAGCAUGGGAGAACUUCCGGAGCUAGUGGCAUAUCUGCUGUCCACCCCGCAAGGCCAGCGGCGCGCUAUGGAAAUUGCAGAGCAGGGCGCUGAGUGGUAUCAGAAAACUCUUAGGAGAGAGGAUAUUGCCAUAUACCUGCACCGUCUUUUGCUAGAAUUGGCUCGCCUACAGGACCCUGGGCGCCCAGCACGUGUAUAGUGUUGAGCGCCAGGCGUUAUUUUUGUUUUCUAUUUCUAUGCUUAUAGUUGGUUUAUUUAGUUUUCCUACCAAGGGUUCAAAUCACACGAGACAUCUUUUUAUAUAAUCGAUGGACAUAAUAUUUAUCCACAGCCAAAAGAUCUUAGACUGCUUACCAGUUAACAUUGAAGCCAACAUUGUACAUGUCUUUGAGUCGCGGCAAAUGUGUAUCGGUCACUGUAGAGCAAUAGUGGUCGUAGGCGAAAGUCCGCCUGCUGUGCGGAAUUGCGUCACCG